AUGUCUCGUCCUGAACACAUUGCACCUCCAGAAAUUUUUUAUGGUGAAGAUGAAGCUAGAAAAUACACAGACAAUUCACGUAUCACUGCUAUUCAAGCAGAAAUGGCAUAUCGUGCGCUUGAAUUACUCAACUUGUCUGAAGGACCGAAAUAUUUAUUAGAUAUUGGAUGUGGAUCGGGCCUAAGUGGAGAAAUAUUGGAAGAAGAAGGACAUAUCUGGGUUGGCAUGGAUAUAUCAUCUGCCAUGUUGGACGUAGCCAAUGAGCGUGAAGUAGAAGGCGACUUGUUCUUACAGGAUGCUGGACAAGGUAUGGGAUUUAGACCUGGUGUGUUUGAUGGUGCGAUAAGUAUAUCCGUCUUACAAUGGCUAUGUAACGCAGACAAAACCAUCAAUCGACCUAAAGCUAGAUUACAACGAUUCUUUUCAACAUUAUAUGCUUCACUCAACAAGGGCGCUCGUGCCGUCUUUCAGUUCUAUCCAGAAAAUGACGAUCAAAUAGAGCUUAUCAUCGACGUGGCCACCAAAUGUGGUUUCGAAGGUGGUCUUCUCGUGGAUUAUCCCAACUCCAAAAAGGCUAAAAAAUAUUACUUAUGUCUCUUUGCUGGCCAACAGUCAGGUGUAAAGAAUCAGAUGCCCAAGGCACUAGGAGAAGACGGAGAACUGCAUCCGGAUGAAGCUCAAUCAAUUCAAUAUGAAAAGAGACGACAGCAUACACGACGUAGAAGAAGCGAUAGAAAGAGUGUCAAGACAAAAGACUGGAUCAAUAACAAAAAGAAGAUUGCUCGUGAAAAGGGCGACAAAGUGGUGGCUAAUGAUUCUAAAUAUACAGGAAGAAAAAGAAAGAUCAGAUUUUAA